AUGACCACUCAACAGGUAAUUGAGUCGAAACCAUUACCCCCUGGGACGUCUGCUCAGAAAGCAGAAAUAGUUGCCCUUAUGCGGGCAUUGGAACUAGCAGCAGGAAAGAAAGUAAAUAUCUGGACAGACUCUAAGUAUGCAUUUGGUGUGGUGCAUGCACAUGGGGCUAUCUGGAAGGAACGAGGAUUAUUGACGGCCCAAGGAAAACAAAUAAAAUAUGCUGAGGAGAUUUUAAAGUUAUUGGAAGCGGUAAAGCAACCAGAGAAAGUGGCUGUUAUGCACUGCCGGGGACACCAAAGAGGAACCGCCGACUUCGAGGUAGGGAACCGAUUGGCUGACCAAGAAGCAAAAAGGGUGGCUGAAUUGGCUGAGGUGGAAGUGCUCACUUUAAUACCAGACGGUAAAAUACAAACUUUAGGUGAAGGACAGGAACCUAGGUACACACGGGAAGAUCAAAAACUAAUUGAGGACUUGAAAGGGAAAGUAAGAUUAGAUGGAUGGGUAUAUUUGAAAGAUAAUAGAAUUGUGAUACCCUCUAAUUUAAUAUGGCCUACGGUCAUGAAGGAACAUAAUAAGACUCAUUGGGGAGCAGACACCUUGUAUAAAAAUCUGAGUCAAGUCUUAGUGGGAAGAAAUCUGUAUACUACGGUAAAACAAGUAAUCUAACAAUGCAGUAUUUGUUUGCAUAAUAACCCUAACACA